AUGUCUCACUUAACCGACUCGAUCCCGCGCAGCCUCAUGGCCGCCAACAGCCUGCUCUUCUCGGGGCUGCUCUACGUGAAGAGCUGGAACGAGACGCACGUCUUCAACCCGCGCUGGCCGGCGCACGCGCGCUUUCACAACGGGCAGUCGCUGUCUUUCGGCGCCAUGGCAUCGCUCACAGCGACGUGGCUCUUGCACAGGCGCACGCUCACGGCAGACGCGGCGCAGGAUUCGCUCCUCCUCGCCGCCAUCGUGGGCUCCAUGCCGGCCGCCUCCGGAAUCACGGCCGUGUUCUACCCCGGGUCCUGGUGGGCGGAGCCAGAAUGGGACAACGGCAAGAUAAUGGGCCCGCAGGGGUGGGUUUACGUCGGACAGGUGGUGCUUACCUGGACGUUGUUUUUGCUGGAGAAGUUGCGUCUGCAGGCCGAGGCGGAGAGGGCCGCAAAGGCCAAGAAGCAGUGA